UGGAUUAGGCAGAAACCAAUGCCCCGGAUAUUGCUUAAGAAACGCAUGUGAGACUGCACGAUGUCCAGUAAAUUUCAACGCACAAUGUAGAACAUCAUGCAAUGGUUGUCGAGCUCACUUUUACGAUUUCAAUCAAGUGGUAAAUGUCCGUGUGGUUAUAUCGUUCCAAACUGCAAUCAACAGCAAUGUGCAAACUACAGAUGCAUCACACACGGACGGCAGGUUUCUUACUACUAUGCUAGUCAAUACUACAACCCAAACAUACAAUGUCGUAUGAGCAGCUGUGGUGGAUGUUUUCCCCAAUUCUACGAUAGACAUGGACGAAGAAUCAAUUGCAGACAAAUCUUGCAACUUGUAUCAAAUCCAGGAAUUCCGGUGGCAAAUCUACCAGUUGCUGGAUGAGUACUGCAGAUUAUCGAAUACGGAUCUCAACACAACAACAACUUAUUAAUUUUAAACAAAACUUACCUGAUUUUAGCCUGUUAUCCGUGUUUACAAAAUUUAUGGGAGAAGACUUGAAGCAUCAUUCAAACUUUUAUAAGCUGAUUUAAACAAACGCUCAAAAGGCAUCUAUCUCUCUAGCCACAGCUCUAAUGACCACAUCCCUUAUAAGGCACAAUGUCAUAAACUGUUUGUCCAUGUCAUUUCCCUCGUGGAAUAGAUUUUUAACUGACAAAAGUCUAUUAUAGGCAUAUUUGAAUUGUUUACUUCAAUAAAUUUUGUUCUUAAUUCUCGUUUUUAUUA